AUGCAACAUCUCAUUAAAAUAUCAAGAACAUCAACUAAACUAUCAUUCACCAAUAUACCUCGACAGUUUUGUCUGUUCAAGAUGUCUGCUGAUAAUAGUAUCCUAAAUCAAGAAUUUCAAGUACUACAUAUAAAUGAUGAACAAACAUUACAAAGCACAAAUCAAAAUGGGGACAUAAAAACAGUACUAGAAAAUGAUGAUGAUUGUAACACUAACGAUGACGAUGAUGAAAUAAUACUACCUCAACAAUCCAAAACUAAUAAACAAAGAAAACCACAAACAGAAGAAGAAUAUCAAUAUCAAUUAAAACUAUGGCAAGAAUCAGGUCCACAAAUAAAUACAGAAAAUUGGUUAUAUGAAGAAAUUUUUAAUAAAAAAUUAGAUCCAAAUUUAAAAAUUAAUAGAGUUAAAAUAUUACAUGGAUGUGAAAAAGCUUAUUAUAAUAAAGACUGGGUUAAAUGUCUUGAAAUUUGUAAAAUUGGAUCUAAUUUAUUUAAUGUUGAUUUAAAUGAAGUUGGGGAGACUAUGAAACAUAAUUUAAGUUUGGAGAAAAGAAGACAAAGAAUAAGUAAUAAAAUUGAACGUCAUAUUGUUGAUUUGUAUAAUAUUCAAGAACGAUGUUUGGAAAGAAUACGUGAAGAAGAAGAAGAAGAAAAGGAGAAAAAGGAAAUGGAGGAAGGAAGUGAAAAAGUUGAAAAUUGA